GCCUCGGUCACUUCCUUCCUCAGUCUCUUCCUCCUCGGUGUGUUGAAGAAGGUAACCCGGUCCGGACCGACGCUGCACCAGCUUUUCCUCGGAAAAGAAAAAGAGGUGGAUAGGCAGCAAUGAAUGUGGAUCACGAAAUUAACCUCUUAGUGGAGGAAAUUCAUCGUCUGGGUUCAAAAAAUGCUGAUGGGAAGUUAAGUGUAAAAUUUGGGGUCCUCUUCCGAGACGACAAAUGUGCCAACCUCUUUGAAGCAUUGGUGGGAACUCUCAAAGCUGCAAAACGAAGAAAGAUUGUUACAUACCCAGGAGAGCUACUUUUGCAAGGUGUUCAUGAUGAUGUGGACAUUAUAUUGCUGCAGGAUUAAUGUGGUUUGCGUAUCUUUGUUUAUUGUUAUUUUUUGUUUCUGGUAAACUGGAAUAUUAAGUCAAGGGACAAACAUGAGCAUACUUAAUGUAUUUUUAUAGAACUUUGUAAACAAAAGGAGACUCUUAUUUUAAAAGUCUGUCUUUUUUUUAUACCUUGAAAGAAAAUUUAUGUAUUACACUGUCAGAUAAACAAAACCUAUUUUUUUCUUCAGGAAUCUGAUUAGAAAAAUGUAGGCAUUGAAGCUUUUUAGGUAGGGGUGAAAGGGUGUUUCAUAAAUCAUUCUUAGACAAUUUCUGCAGAUAUUUGACAUUCCAUAAAAGCAAGAGGCAAAACUGAAGACCAGCUCCCACAAGGAAUAUUGUAAUGUUUAUGUAAUAAAAACAUGGAACUAUGUUAAAA